ACCACAGUUGUUGGGUGGUGUUGGCUAUGUGUGGAGAACCUUUUUUUUUUUUUUUGAAAACCCACAUCGUCGAGGUCAGAUAGACUUAAAGCGGUCGUGUUUUCGUCUGGUGUGUUUCUCGUCUGCUGGUUUUGACAAGAAAUCAACCCCCUACACGUUUUCAGUUCGCCCACACACACGAAACAUCUUCAGACAUCACCAGACAAAGCCCACAUCUUUUGUAAUAGGCAGACUGGCGAUGACGUCGGAACAGUUCACAGGCCGGUAUUGAUGGCCCUGGAGGAAGAAGUCACUGAAGACGGAAUGGCUUCGACGUCGUCUUUGAAUAGUUCAAUUCAGUCACCACUGAAAGCUAUUGCGUCUGCCGUCUUUUCUUCUUCUUCUUCUUCUUCACCUCAGCCGCACGUCAAUGGAAGUUCGACCAUGACGACGACGCCCAAGCCCGUCAAGAAGGACAUCUAUCGGGGAGAAUGUCAACUCGAUGAUGCCGGUCGAAAUGGACAAGGCACCGUCGAUCCCGUUACGGUCAAAUCUGGCAGUUCCCGUCCGUGCAGUCUGCCGUGCUCGUUGAACAACAACAACAACAACAACGGCACCAAUGGAUUUUACAGUCCUUCGUCACCCGAAACGCCUGCCGUUCUACCCGAUGAAGAAGCAGCGCUUUUGGCUAAACUGGAGGAGGCAAAUAGGAUGAUCGAACUGGACAGCAAAUCGUUGAACUCGUUGGCAGGCACUGGAACUAGCAUCGCGUCUGGACAUUCACGCAAGAGUUCCGAUGCGUCGCAAAUUUCUUUGAAUUCCGGUUCCAGUGCCAACAGUCAGGAGGCACGUUCAGACGAUAAUGAAGAAGAUCAGUGGAGCCUUUGGGGCCGUUUGGUAGCCGACUGGUCCAAUACGUACAAGAAGCGCAAUGCCUACGUCAAAGACCUCGUUCGCAAAGGAAUCCCACAUCAUUUUAGAGGCGUCGUCUGGCCGCUUUUGUGCGGCGCAAAUGACUCGCCAGCCAAGUCGCAAUACGCCGAAUACAUCAAAGCCACAUCGGCCUGUGAAAAGGUGAUUCGUCGCGAUAUCGCCCGCACGUAUCCCGAGCACGACUUCUUCAAGGAGAAAGAUGGCCUGGGCCAGGAGAGUCUCUUUAACGUCAUGAAAGCCUACUCGCUGCAUGAUCGUGAGGUGGGCUACUGCCAGGGAUCUGCUUUUAUCGUCGGCAUCCUCCUGAUGCAGAUGCCUGAAGAGGAAGCCUUCGCCGUCGUUGUCAAAUUGAUGCAGGAAUAUCGAUUGCGAGAGAUUUUCAAACCUUCGAUGGCCGAACUGGGUCUGGUCUUGUACCAAUUAAAGAAUCUCGUCGAGGAAUUAAUACCCGAUCUCCACGCCCACUUCCUGUCGCAAAGUUUCGACACGAGCAUGUACGCCAGCAGCUGGUUCCUCACCCUGUUCAGCACUACGUUGACCCUUUCAGUGGCCUGCAGGGUAAUGGACGCCUUUUUGAUCGAUGGCAUGGAAAUCAUCUUCCGGCUUGCUGUGGCUAUUCUGAAUUUUGGCAAAGAAGACCUUCUCUCUCAAGACAUGGAAGGAAUGCUCAAGUACUUUCAAAAGGAAGUUCCGGCUCGAUUUGAUCCGUGCCCAGAUCCGCUGUUUGCAGCCGCCUACAACGUCAAAUAUAGCGCCAAGCGCAUGAAAAAGUGGGAAAAAGACUACACGGCCCUGAAAACCAAAGAGCAAGAGGAUCAGGAAGAAGUCCGGAGGCUAAGAGCCGAGAACCGCAUGCUGCGUCAGAAAGUAUCCAUGCUGGAAACGGAGUCAAGUGAACUGGCCGAACGGCUGGUACGCGGCCAAGUCAGUCGAGCCGAUCAGGAAGAGACAACGUUCCACUUGAAACGGGAGCUGGAAGCUUCCAGGCAACGUGACGCUGAGAAUAACGCUCAUUUACGUGAGCUCCAGCAACGUCUCAAACACAUGGAACAAGAGACCUAUUCCAGACAGUCGUCCCUAGAGGUGGAGGCAACGACUUCGCCGUCGCUGCAAGCCGAGCUGCUCAAGCAGAAGGAAGAGCUCAUCCAGUGCCUUCAAGAGCAGCUGAUUGGCGGACGUCUCCGCCAGGCCGAGAUGGAAGCCAUGAUCCGCGACAUGAAGAAUCAGCUCCACGAGCACGAAGAGGACAAGAAGCGACUGCGAGAAGCUACACCAGAUAAUGUAGUUUUGGCUUUGCAGGAAGAGCUGAUUGCCGUCAAGUUGCGCGAAGCCGAAGCCACUUUGGCCCUGAAAGAGCUCCGUCCUAAAAUUUCGGAAUUGAGUUCUCAAUGGCUUCGACAUCUGCAGGAUGAGCACACGGCCGAAAACCAACCGACUUCGCUCGAGUCCACUCCAAAGAAAUUACUGUUCUGGGAAAAUAAUAAAUCUUCGUCUUCUGGCGGUGGCAACAAGUCGGACGAGUUAAUGACCAUCAGACUACGGGAAAUGGAAGCCGUGACUGAACUGCGUGAGCUCAGGUUGCGUCUCAUGGAGCUGGAGACGCAAAAUCAAGUGCUGAGUAAUCAACUGAGGCGACAGGACGACGAAAUCAAGGCCUUGGUUGCCAAGACGGAGGCGUCAGAAAGGCUCGACAAGGAGCACCAGGCCAAGAUCAAAGAACACGAACGGAAAUAUGCCGACCUGGAGGCCAAGAUGAGAGAAGAUUCCAUGUUGGCUCGCAUUCACGAUGCCGAACACUCGCAACAUGUAGCUGAACUGAGCCAAAAGAUAUCGCAGCUUGAAAUGAAGAAUGAACAAAUGUUAACUGAAGGUGAAUUGAGUAUGGUUGAAGACAGCGACCGUGUCCGGGAACUUCAAGAUCGAAUUGGUGAUUUAAAAGCUGAGAUUCAAAGAUUAGAACACGUCAAUCGGAAACUGGGUGGGACUAACGGCUUUUCGAAAUUGGCCCAUCAACAGGAUGUGUCUGAUCCGUCCGAUGAUGACGAAGACAUGAGCAAACUGGAAUUGCGAUUCUCUCCAAGAACCUCGGUGGAAAAUCUAACGUCAUAAUCACACUCGAAUGCAUUUUUCUUUUCGUUACUUAUUUGUUUCGUGACAUAUGAAUACUCUUUUUUUUUGUCUGAGACUGUUAAUUUUAACUACAUGCAUCUUUUUUUCUGCUGGUGAGACAGACUAAAACAGUUUACAUUUCUUUUUUUUUCCUCCUUGCAUCGAAAUCGAUGAUUAAUUGUUUUCAUGUACUGUCACACAAACGUUGACUUCUUUUAAAAAGACAACAUUCCACUUGUGCGAAACUGUGAUUUCAAUGAAUUAUUCACUAUCGUGAAUUUUAUGCUACCGUCUCACUCAUCCAUCACCUGUACUUUUUCUCAUUGGCUGUGAGUGAGAUCCUUGUAUCCUCAUUGUACCAUAAAUAAACCCUAUUGAAGUAUC